AUGUCGCUUCAACCCAGUGAUAUAUAUUCGCUUGAUAAUUUAGAAAACAUCAACAACAACAACACAACAAAUGCACCACCAAUUCGUCGUCUUAAUGAAGUUAUUAUCAGUCAACAAAAUGAAAAAAUUGCGGAAUUGACGGAACAAAAUGGGAAACUCAUAAAAGAUAAUGAUCAAAUAACACAGAAAAUAGAAGAAAAAGAUUUAAUAAUUGUAAAAUUAAAUGAAGAAGUAACAAUUUAA